AUGCUGAUCGCACUUAUCGGACCACCUGGGGCGGGCAAGGCGACAAUCGCGCACUUUCUCGCAGAACAGCAUGGAUUCCGCUUGCUCCGCAUCGACUCGAGCUCACCGUCUGGACCUACAGCUACCGCAUCAUCCUCUGAAAAGCAAUCGACGGAUGCAAUCACUCUGCCCAACUCGAAAGUGAUGCUGGACUACGUGACCGAUCGAUGGGAUUCGCCUUUUGUCACUCUCGACCUGACCACCGUUGCCGACCUAGAUGCGUUUAUCAAGCGGCCGUUCUUCCUGUGCGUCGAAGUAGCAGCACCCCUGCUGAUGCGCUGGGAGAGGUACACGUCCAAGCACAGAACAGUCUCUUUGGAGGACUUUGUUGCAUUGGACGACGAGCUUUCGUACGGCGGUCACUCGCUUUCGCAGACGAACGGAAGUGUACCUAUGCUAGCUCGCGGAUCAUCCAGCAGCUCGCUCAUCGGUGGUAACGGCAUCAUCGACAACAUGUCGAGCAUAUCUCUCCAGCCCUCCUCCACAUCAUCCUCAGGUCUGACAAGUCUACGACGCUUCACCCACCUGCUCAUCAACAACUCCUUCCCCCACCUCUCGCAUCUCCACUCGCACCUAACCACCCUCAACCUCCCUUCCACGGAACGUCUCCGCCCCUGCUGGGAUACCUAUUUCCUAAAACUCUGCAACCUCGCCUCUCUGCGUUCCAACUGCAUGAAACGUCGUGUCGGCGCCGUCCUCGUCAGCUCCAACCGGAUCCUCGCCACGGGCUACAACGGCACCCCCUCGGGCCUCCGAAACUGCAACCAAGGUGGAUGUGCCCGAUGCAACAACACCCUCGUCGCAGAGGGCAAGUCCGGCAAUGCGUGCGGUCAGAAUUUGGAAGAAUGCCUCUGCCUCCACGCUGAGGAGAACGCACUGUUGGAGGCGGGAAGAGCAAAGAUCGCUAUGGGUGGCGAAAGGGAUAUGGGCGCUACGAUGUAUUGCAACACGUGUCCGUGUUUGAGGUGCGCGGUCAAGAUUAUUCAGACGGGAAUAAGGAAAGUGGUGUACCAGCUGGAGUAUAGUAUGGACAGUAGGACGAAGAUGAUCUUUCAGGAGGCGGGGGUGGAGAUACGGCAGUUUCACCUGGACGCGUGA